AUGGAUGAGAAUUGGAGGAGCAAAGUUUACAUCCCAUAUAUCUUCCUAGAAACAAUCCCCAUAACAGAGCUUUUCAUACAACAGCAACAUGAGAAUUUGUACCACGCCGGAAUCGCCCGUACAAUAUCAAUGUUAAGAACACAGGUAUGGAUACCAAAAGGAAGAGCUGAAGUAAAAAAGGUCCUAAAUAAAUGCAUGGGCUGUAAGAGAUGGAAAGUGAAACCAUUUAAAUUACCAACGAUGCCCAAUUAUCCAGAAACUCGAGUAACAAAAUCAGCACGUUCGCCAGAGUUGGUCUGGAUUAUUUGGGGCCUGUUACCAUCAAAACCGAGACAGGAACAACUAAAAGAUGGAUCGCUUUAUUUACUUGUUUUACCACCAGAGCAGUCCAUCUAG